UUUGGUAUGCCUUUUCGCGCUUCUUAAGGUCCUCUUUCCUUCCUACGAAUUUCCUCCACUCCUCUCUGCACCCCAGCCGCCUCUCUCCCCCAUAACCACCGCCGCCGCCGCACCUCUUCUUCCUUCAUUGCCUCUCUAUGGACGCCGCAGUGGUAGCCAUGAAAGCUUCUUGCUCUUCCUCAUCUUUCCUUUUUAAAUCCAUUGCCACUUUCAGUCCCAGCUCCUCGCCUUUCUCCAGACUCUCUGUGAAAUGGACCCAAACCAGAAAUCCGUCAAAAAUGGAUCUCAACUCCUCCUCAUCAUUUCCCAAAUUCGUUCUCCGGAGCCCCCGGAAUCCGGAGUUUUCUUGCGCUGCCUUAACAUCCGAGACGGAAUCACAGACCUGCCCCCCGAGCCACCUUGCUCCGGCGAAGCUCCAGCUCCUUGCAUCGGAAUUCCAGUCUCUCGCGGAGCCGAUCGACCGCGUGAAGCGCCUCUUGCACUACUCCUCUUUGCUGCCUCCCAUGGAGGACUCACUGAAAACCAUGGAGAAUCGGGUGCCCGGGUGUACCGCCCAGGUGUGGCUGCAUGUGAGGUUAGAUGGGGAGAAUAAAGUUAGGUUCUUUGCGGAUAGCGAUUCGGAAAUUACCAAAGGGUUCUGUGCCUGCUUGGUUUGGAUGCUCGAUGGGGCAGCUCCGGAGGAGGUUCUCGCCAUGAAAACAGAGGAUUUGGGUGCUCUGAAUGUGAUGGGCUUAAAUGGAAAAAUGGUGUCUUCUUCUCGGGUGAAUACUUGGCAUAAUGUGUUGAUGAGUAUGCAGAAGAGGACAAAAGCUUUGGUGGCUGAAAUGGAGGGCAGGAUGCGAAGUGAGCCAUUCCCAUCUCUGGUAGUCACUGCUGAAGGUAUAAGUGCCAAAGGAAGCUAUGCUGAAGCUCAGGCCAGAUUUCUGUUUCCUGAUGAUUCAAAAGUCCAAGAGAUUGCCAAUUUGCUACAGGAAAAGAAAAUUGGCAUUGUUGCACAUUUUUACAUGGAUCCUGAGGUCCAAGGUGUUUUAACAGCAGCACAGAAGCUGUGGCCUCAUAUACAUAUAUCCGAUUCCUUGGUUAUGGCAGAUUCAGCUGUUAAGAUGGCAAAAGCUGGAUGUCAGUAUAUCACUGUUCUUGGAGUAGAUUUUAUGUCAGAAAAUGUUCGUGCAAUCCUUGAUCAGGCUGGAUUUCCUGAGGUUGGUGUCUAUCGGAUGUCUGAUGAACGCAUUGGUUGUUCUUUGGCAGAUGCUGCAGCCAGUCCUGCAUAUAUGGAUUACCUUGCAAUGGCGGCUUCUCUUUCUUCUCCUUCUUUACAUGUUGUUUACAUUAAUACCGCUUUGGAGACAAAAGCAUAUUCUCAUGAGCUUGUGCCAACUAUAACCUGCACUUCUUCUAAUGUUGUGCAAACUAUUCUGCAGGCAUUUGCUGAAGUACCCAACUUAAAUGUGUGGUACGGUCCUGACUCUUACAUGGGUGCAAACAUUGUGGAGUUGUUUCAGCAGAUGACCAUGAUGACUGAUCAAGAAAUUGCUGAGAUACAUCCACAACAUAACAGAAAGUCUCUUAAAUCUUUGCUACCUCGUUUACACUAUUUUCAGGAUGGAACAUGUAUUGUGCAUCACCUCUUUGGUCAUGAAGUUGUGGAGAAGAUAAAGGAAAUGUAUUGUGAUGCAUUCCUCACUGCCCACUUUGAAGUUCCUGGUGAAAUGUUUUCACUAGCAAUGGAAGCUAAACAGAGAGGGAUGGGAGUAGUUGGGUCUACCCAGAACAUAUUAGAUUUUAUAACACAAAGGGUACAAGAGGCAAUGGAUAGAAACAUCGAUGAGCAUCUUCAGUUUGUUUUAGGAACAGAAUCUGGAAUGAUUACUUCAAUAGUUGCAGCAGUUCGCAAAUUAUUAGGCUCCGUGAACUCUACCGACAGAGGAGCAAAAGUUAGUGUCGAGAUUGUCUUCCCUGUAUCAUCUGAGUCAGUGACAAAAACGCCAAAGAUUUCAUCUCAGGACCUCUCUUUAGGUGACAUGGGUGAUUUCUUAAAGGUCCCUGUUAUACCUGGAGUUGCGAGUGGAGAGGGGUGUUCUCUUCAUGGUGGCUGUGCAUCUUGUCCUUAUAUGAAGAUGAAUUCUCUGAGCUCGCUCCUUAAAGUUUCCCAAAGCCUGCCAAGUGGCAAAGAUAAUCUUUCAGCAUACGAGGCUAGGCGAUUCAGUGUGCUAACACCAAACGGGAGAUUGAUCGCAGAUGUUGGUUGUGAGCCAAUUCUGCACAUGAGACAUUUUCAGGCAAAGAAACAAUUACCAGAAACGCUAAUCAGUCAAAUACUGCAACGCUGAAGCGAAGUUUUAGCAAGUCUCAGGAAACUCCCUGUAGGCGGUAUCACGGUAAGGCCACACAAGGAAAAAAAGAAAAAAAAAAAAA